AUGCAUUUUCUCCUAAUUAGACACUGUCAGAUGAUCAUGCAUCUCAGUCAUUUUUCGUGGCCUCGGAUUCUGGUGUAUAUUUGUCUGUACUCAAGAAUUCAGCUGAAGCAGAACGAUGCUGAAGAUGGAGGCAAGAACAACACUUUUAGUACCAGUGCGAACAGAACGACAUAUAUCGAUUCUAGUUCAGACGAAACCAUGAUGGCCUAUUGGGUUGAAGAUAUUAAACUAUGGAGCUCGAUAGUUCCUCUAAAGCCUUACCAAAGGAAUAGCAGUCAUGGAGGAUUUCCACUGAGAUAUUACUCCGGCUUGAAUGCAACGGAAAUGAAAAGAUUUCUGCAAGACAUUCAGGGUCUCAGUGGUUUUAUGCAGGACUAUUCAAACCGGGGGACAAAUUCAAAAUUGACCUAUAGUACUGCACCAAGCCGUCAGGAGGCAGGAAAUCCUCAUGAAUCUGUUUCCGUAGGAAGUUCAGAAAGACAUUCUACUUCAGAAAAUGUGAACAGGAAUGACCUAUCAAAUGCAAUGUCGGAUAUUCAAGGUAUCGACCCAGUUGAGGAUGAUGACUUCGGCUUCUCCAGAUCAGCCACACCAAGACGCUUCGUUAAAACCCCUCCCGGAAGAAGUUCCCAUUCGACUAGAAAAUCUAGCUCCCUAGUCCCCAUAUUAAGUCAGUCAGAAUCUGAGGACUGGGCCAUUUUCGAAGCUCUACCCUACGGACUUGAGCAGUUCACAUCAUACAGUAUGCAUGGACAAGUUGAUUUAUCUGAAUGGAAUGUGGAAGACUUACCUCCGGCCGUCCAGUUUUCCAAACUGAUUGUGUACGAUGCGAACAGACCACUAACUUUGCCCUGUUGGAUGCCACUGGAACGCGAUCCAAUCGAGUUUCACCAGACUACGGAAAGACGCUUCAAGCGAACGUGGUAUGUGGGACAUGGCGAGGCAUCUCAGUUAACCCUGGCCAAACGACAUGGCUAUGAAACAGACCAGGUUUCGGGAACACUGAGCUUGUUCUCUCUGGAUGGAAGUCGCUAUGAGCAUGAUACUUUCACCUGUAUGAUAAGCAUUGAGGACGAACAAAUGACCGGGAAAAGUCAGCGCACAGUUAGUUUUUCUCAGACACACCAUGUGGUUGUGGAUGAGCAGCAUCUGCCGAACCUUCGGGAGCAGCGGUCGAUUCCUCCACGUCACAAAGCCAUUGAAGUCGAGGUUGAACUUGUUACUCAUAUUCCGGAAAGUGAUGUUCCGGGAAGUCUCAGUCCAAAUAACAGUCUUGGUGGAUUGAGGAAUUCAGAUCCAUCGACAAGAAAUGACCAUCAGUUUGUGGAUCAAAAAGUCAACAUCUCACCCGUCUGUACAUGCUCUCAACUCCUCAAAGACAGUGUAUCUCAGGUAGUGGGGACGUUUUGCGAGUCCCCUUGCAACCCGAUUAUGACGACACACACCAUGCGUGAUCCAGCAGGACUGAGGAAUAUGCAUCAAGCUCUCCGGUUUACAACAGUUUCCAUGACAGAAGACCGUCUGGCUACCACGAUUACUUCGAGCGCUUCUAAAUAUCGUCCUAAAGGUAAAGCGACCAACUCUCGUAAAUCGAGACCGUCAACGCUGUUCUGCAAACUAUCACACCAAGCAGCCACCAGCUCCUCCUUGACUCGAAUCGGAAUUCUGAGAUUCCGAACGAUCUUGUCAAAUGCGGACUCAUUGACCACAUUGCGUACUUGCUCGCUCUAUGAUCCAGAACAUACGUCACUCACCUGUCGUGAAGCCUUCUGGUCAAAUACAAAGUAUCCUUAUUUGAACAAUGAAGGCUACCGUCUUUUUUACAAUCCGAGAUUACGGUAUCACGUAAAGGGACAGCUUCUGGAAUGGGUGACGGAAACUGCACAAGAAUUUUGCAAGGUUUACGGAUGUAUUGUGGAGAAUGUUACAAUGCUCAGAAAAUCACAACGCUCUGAGCUAGAGCCUCCAAGUUUGAACGAGUCCCCCGAUUCUUUGGAUACCAAAAAAGGUAAAGAGCCAGACUAUAACGAAUGGGAUGACCUGGAAAUGCCAGCUGAAG